UUUCUUUGAAGAAGAUGAGAGCGACACGGCAUAGCAGCGCAUUUACUCUGUGUCAUAUGUUCAAUGAAACUCAGUUCAGUGAACUUUUUAAUGAAAUAUAAUUUCAUUCUCUCUCUCUCUUUCUCUCUCUCUCUCUAGUGUAUCGCUUUCUGCAACAAAUUCAAUUACUGUACCAAUUUCCUCCUCCCAACACCACCACUCUGUGCCCACAUGAUUUUCUCUAUAUCCCACCCCUUCAAAUUUGCUCAGCUGCGCCCUACUUUCUUAGCAUUUCCAUAUUCCCUCUUUUCUUCUUCUUCAUUUCUUUCCGCCCUUUUUCCAAAUAUAUAUACAUAGGAUACAAUAUGAAGGAUUUUGGGUCCUUCUCAGUUUUGGCCAUGGUGAUAGGGAUAGGUUUUGUAUGCUUGCUCUAUUCCACCCAAGAUGGUGCCUUUUCAAGCUCAGGUACGACUUUGACAUGGCAAGGGAAUGACGUGACUGCCACAAUUAAGAACAGGAAGCUGAAGGAAUAUGGCGGACAUGUUCCAGGCCUCGGUGAGAGUGGUAUGGACAAGGUAAACUUGGAAGAUUACCAACCUAUCGAUCCAGUACCAAGUUCAAAAACUUCCAUAAAACCCGGACCUAUCCAACAUGGUACUCCCCUCAUGCCUUACAUUCCCCAGCCCCAGCCCGCGCCCGCGCCUCCUCCAAGUCCCUCAAAGCCCGAGGGAUUCCCUUAGACCCUCUGCAUAUCUAUGCUAAAGCUUGCAAGUCUGAAGAAUUUAGUAACUAUGGUACUUAGUAAGUUAGUUUGCAGGAUAAUGUUUGAUCAACUCAUGCUAUGAUGGUAGACAAAGGAAUAGAUUCCACAAGACCAUAUCUCUGUAUCUCACUGGAUGAGACUAAUCUAGUUGAAUUUUAGUCGGUCCAAUCUAGGAACAAUUCUCUGGAGAGUAUUUAAUACUCCGUAUUUUUGCAAAA